AUGUCGGCGCGAAGGUCGGCGUCGGGGAGGGCGACGGCGGCGACGGCGGCGGCGGCAGCGGUCAGGAAUGCGAACAGCGGUGGGAGGCAGUCGGUAUGGGUGGUAGGGACACGACUCUGUCCAGACGCGCGGGUUCGCGCGCUCUCCGGGGCCGGCGAGAGGGGGAUACAGGGCAGGUGCGUCAUGUUCCUGUACUCCAGAGGAGUCAGGAACACCAAUCAUGGGUGCGGAGCGUUGAGUUUGGAUGUCGGCGCGAAGGGCGCCAUCGGGGAGGGCGACGGCGGCGGAAACGGCAGCAGCGGCGGUCGAGGCAGUGGGCGGCGGCCACUCGCGCUGCCCACAGGGUAUAGGGGAUGGGGGAUGUCAGUUGAGGGAGGUGGCGGAGUCGUGCGGGGUCGGCGAGAGGUCGGGAGUGAGCAGGUUGGGAGGAGGGUACAAAAGAUGAAAUACAACGUCGACGAGGGCGAACGAUUACUUCGUUCGCCUGUCGCCGACGUCCUGGCACUCAUAGGUGCCAGGAAUGGCCGCUUGCCCGUAGGGAAACGGCCGGGGGAAGCGGGAAGGGAGGGGUAG